AUGUUAAUCAUCUCCAUGUCAGGAACUUUUGGGGCUUUUCUUAACCCCACUUUCUUACGCCUUUCAUUUUCUUUUGUAUGUCCAUUACUAGCCAUAGUUCAUCGGUUGGUCGGAUAUCACCCUUUCAAAUUUUUUUUUUUUUUUGGCUUCUUGGUUAACGUUAGUUGCUCACCCCCCCUCCCCCCUUCAUCUUACCACGUACAAGUCAACGAAUGAGCGCGCACGGAAGGUUAUUUUUUCCUAAUAAAAAAAAAACUGGAUUUUGUUUUAUUUCUUUA